CUAAAAUACUUAUUUAAAUUUAGUAAAAACACCUCAUAACAACAUGAAUAAAGACAAACUUUCAAAGUUGCAAGACCAAGUCAGGAUUGGAGGAAAGGGUUCAGCGAGAAGAAAGCGUAAAGUAGUUCAUCGCACCGCCUCCACCGAUGACAAAAAGCUGCAAGGAUCGCUUAAAAAGUUGGCGGUGAACAAUAUACCCGGGAUUGAGGAGGUUAACAUGAUCAAGGAUGACGGCAACGUCAUUCACUUCAACAACCCAAAAGUUCAAGCGUCGCCAUCGGCCAAUACUUUCGCUGUGACCGGUCAUGCGGAGAACAAACAUUUAACGGAAAUGUUGCCGAGUAUUUUAAACCAACUUGGUGCAGAGAAUAUUAACAACCUAAAGAAACUUGCGACCGGGGUACCCAAGCCCUCUAGUGGUCAAGAUAACCAACAAUCGACCGAGGAAAUUGACGACGAUGAUGAAGUACCAGAUUUGACCGACAACUUUGAUGAACCUUCCAAAGCCGAAGUUGUUUGAAACAAUACGUGAGGAAUGUAAAUAAACAUUUUGGAACAGAUGCAUGGAUGUUGUCGCUUCGUUGCUUUUUAUUGAUUGGAUAUAAAAUGGACAUUUGUAUUCUGUGAUUAUGUUACAUCGUUUUGAAGUUUAAGGAAAUCAAUAAACUUUCAUAUUUGA